AGCGCCGCGGAUCCCCGGAACAGGAGCGGGCACGGCGGGGCAGGGCGGGCGGAGGAGAGGCCAAAGUGGCACGGCGGGGGCUGGGAGCCGAGCGGGAGCACCGCGGGUGCCCAGGGCAGGGCGUGGGCAGCCCGCGCCGAUGCUCGCUGCCGGCGGGCAGCGCCGAGGGGGCGGCGGGCAGCCCGGGGCCCCCGGGAGCAGCCCGGCUCCCCGGUGAUGGCAUGGACCCGCCGCUGCCCGCCAGCCUCCCGCAGCCCCGCUCCUGCCGCCCCCCGAGCCCCGGCGCGACUGAUGCGGAGCCGCUCGUAGCCACCCAGCCAUGGCUGGAGAUUCCCGGAUCUUCAUGAACCAGGACAUGGACAUCGGGGUCACAUCCCGGGAGCCCAAGAAGAUCCCCAAGCAGGCUCGGGAUGACGUCCCCAUCGCCACGGACAGGACCCGGCUCAUUUCCACCGAGGGCAAGAAGCCGCGGCAGCGGUACAUGGAGAAGAGCGGCAAGUGCAACGUGCACCACGGGAACGUGCAGGAGACCUACCGGUACCUCAGCGACCUCUUCACCACCCUGGUGGACCUCAAGUGGCGCUUCAACCUGCUGGUCUUCACCAUGGUCUACACCAUCACCUGGCUGUUCUUUGGGUUCAUCUGGUGGCUCAUUGCCUACAUCCGGGGAGACCUGGACCACCUGGAGGACGAGAACUGGAUCCCCUGCGUUGAAAACCUCAGCGGAUUCGUGUCGGCGUUCCUGUUUUCCAUCGAGACCGAGACGACCAUCGGGUACGGCCACAGGGUCAUCACGGAGAAGUGUCCCGAGGGCAUCGUGCUGCUCCUGGUCCAGGCCAUCCUGGGCUCCAUCGUCAACGCCUUCAUGGUGGGAUGCAUGUUUGUCAAGAUCAGCCAACCAAAGAAGAGGGCGGAGACCCUCAUGUUCUCCAACAACGCUGUCAUUUCCAUGAGGGAUGAGAAGCUCUGCCUCAUGUUCCGGGUUGGGGACCUCCGCAAUUCCCACAUUGUCGAGGCUUCCAUUCGAGCCAAACUGAUUAAGUCCAAACAGACCAAAGAAGGAGAGUUUAUUCCCCUGAAUCAAACGGACAUCAACGUGGGAUUCGACACCGGAGACGACAGGUUGUUCCUGGUGUCCCCUCUCAUCAUCUCACAUGAGAUCAAUGAGAAAAGCCCCUUCUGGGAGAUGUCCCGCACCCAGCUGGAGAAGGAGGAGUUUGAGAUUGUGGUCAUCCUGGAAGGAAUGGUGGAAGCCACAGGGAUGACUUGCCAGGCUCGCAGCUCCUACAUGGACACCGAGGUGCUGUGGGGACACCGCUUCACCCCCGUGCUCACCCUGGAGAAGGAUUUUUACGAGGUGGACUAUAACAGCUUCCACAGCACCUACGAGACCCACACGCCCGUGUGCUGUGCCAAGGAGCUGGCCCAGUCCCGCCGGGAAGGGCAGCUCCUCGGGCCCCUGCCCAGCCUGGGGCGGGACACAGGGACAGCCAGGGAGGACGAGGAGGAGGAGGAGGAGGAAGGCAGGGAGCCGGCGGGACUGAGCGGAACCAACGGGACAGCGGGAGAGGGGAAGGAAGAGGUGCCUGUAUAACCCCGGAGCCGCUGGAGCACAGCCCCCCUCACACCUGCUGGGACACUGCACUGGCCAGCCAGGAGCCCCGGCAGCCAGAGCUGGGGUUCGUGUCCUGCUGCUCGUCCUGGGAGUCACUGCACUGCACCGUGCCUCAGUUCCCCCCCUUUCCCUGAGGCUCUGAGCUUUGCCCUCCUCUGCAAAGCAUCUCGAUCUCCAUGGACAAGGCCCUCUGUUCUCAUCACUGUCAAAACCAUAAUUCCCACCGCUGGUUCUUUCAAACAGUGUUCAUUGGACGUGCAGAACUCUGCCCCUCUUGCCAGGGUGUUUGACCAGUCCAGAAUGUCCCAUCUCAGUAUGAAGAAUGUGAUUUCAUACCUUCACUUAACUUGUGAGUCAAUGUAUUGUAGACAUUGUUCCAGCUAAAUUAAAAGAAAAGGUAAAAACCUC